UAUAAUUAGAAGACAUACAUAAGCUGAAUACUAAUUAAUAUUAAUUAUUUCUAGUAGUACAUUGUAGCUACACUUAGUGGUAUAUUGAUUUUACAUACGUUUUCUAAACGUAUGUAAUAUUUCACAACUGUUUGUAAAACAUUUCGACAAUUUUUUCUAAAUAAUAUGUGUUCUCUGAUACGUUAUCAAAAUGAUAAAUUAUGAUAUCAAACGUGGGUAAAUAACGCUUUCUCUGUAAUUGAUGAUGUUGUGUGAGAAGCGUGACAUUAUAUUUAAAAAAGCGAUUGUUUUUGUUUGCAAACAAGAAAAAUGAAAACAAGAAAAGAAGAAAACAAGAAAACAAGAAAAAUGUAUAAUCAUUUUCAUGCAAAUACUAUUCAAUGUGCGCACUUUGAAGCCAUUCGGUGAACGUAACAAUUGCGGAGUCAUCGGCUGACUUCGAUUGGUUUAUGUAUUCAGACCUAUCAAACUACAUCAAUUUUCUAACAGUCAAUGUGUAACUGUGUAUUUUGCAAACGUAAUUCAUGACUGUGUUUAUCUGAAAGUAAAAUGUGAUUUGCUGUUUGGAUCUUGGAAUAUAGACCUCUACGUAAUAAUGAAGUAUUAAUUGCAUAUAAGGACAAGACGAUUAGUCGAACUAGUCAAGAUGACGGAUCAGGAUGCGAAUAAUAAUAGUCUCCCAUUACGGGAGAAUUUAGUACAAACAGCGGUACAAUUUCUGCAGAAUCCUAAAGUAGUGCAGAGUCCAAUAGGCCGCAAACAGCAAUUUCUUAAGAAGAAAGGCCUCACAGAUGAAGAGAUUAAAGCAGCUUUUAAUCUGGCAUCUCUUGAUACUACUAUAGUCGAUUCUGAUUCUCUCUAUGAUCAGAAACAAUCACCACUAUAUACUGCUGUACAAAUUCCACAAACAGCUAUAUAUCCAUAUUAUCCAACAAAUUUUAGUCAAUUGACAUUAUACCAAAAAAUCAAAGAACUUUUUAAUUUAGCAGCACUGAUUGGUGCGACAGUAUACUGUGUUUAUUGGUUUUACAAGAAAUUCAUCAGACCUUUCCUGUUUGGUCGAAAGAAGCCAAAAAUCAGUAUGGAAGAAGCAGUUUCUGAAUUAAAUGAAACUGUAGAAAAAUCUAUAGCGCCAACAAAAGCCUCUAUUCUGAAGGUGAACGAAUAUAUGUAUGAAAUGAAGGAACAAAAUAGAAAUAUCUUAAAUACAGUGCGGGAAGUCAAAGUGGAUCUAGUUAAUUUAAAAGCUAUGCUCUUAUCAAGAAGGUUUCCUACUGCUCCAACAUCUAUACCAGCGUGGCAGUUGGAUACCACAAAUGAAACUCAAGAGAAAGCAACCGAACGGGAGGAUGAUGCUGGAAGUGGAAGUAACAAUUCAGAUAGUUCCUUGGAGAUGAUCCGGGAAGAACCGGCGAAGGAGUAAAUUUAGGAAUUCUGUGUCUACCAUAAUCACUUCUGUAAAGAUAGUCUUCUACAUACUGAUCUUUAUCAUCAUGUAUUGGAGGAGAGGAUUGUAGUUUCAAAUAUUUAUACGGUAUUAGAGAUGUGUCGCGCGUUAUCUUUAUUAAUGGCAAUAAACAUUCUUGCAUUCUUGACGGAAUUGGUCGCUUCUUCAAUAUUCUGAUGUUUAUCGAUAUUUUGUACAAAGAGCGAUUUUUUGAGGUUUCCAAUAUUAUUGAGAGUGUUUCGUAUAUUGAUAAUAUCGUUUCUGUUACAGUUGUUAAUAAUAUAAUAACGAAUAAACCGACAGAAUAAAUGUAUUGGAUGAA